GGACACAGAGCACAGCCAAAGUUCCCAAAGAGGGCUUGCCUAGCUCCACCUGCUCUGCUCUGCACCACAGUAUCUGAAGGCAGCAAAGAUGAAAAGCAUUUACUUUGUGGCUGGAUUGUUUGUUAUGCUGGUACAAGGCAGCUGGCAACGUUCCCUUCAAGAUGCAGAGGAGAAAUCCAGAGCAUUCUCAGCUUCGCAGACAGACCCGCUGACUGAUCCUGAUCAGAUGACGGAAGACAAGCGCCAUUCCCAGGGCACAUUUACCAGUGACUACAGCAAGUAUCUGGACUCCAGGCGUGCCCAAGAUUUUGUGCAGUGGUUGAUGAACACCAAGAGGAACCGGAAUAACAUUGCCAAACGUCAUGAUGAAUUUGAGAGACAUGCUGAAGGGACCUUUACCAGCGAUGUAAGUUCUUAUUUGGAAGGCCAAGCUGCCAAGGAAUUCAUUGCUUGGCUGGUGAAAGGCCGAGGAAGGCGAGAUUUCCCUGAUGAAGUCGCCAUUGUUGAAGAACUCCGCCGCAGACAUGCUGAUGGCUCUUUCUCUGAUGAAAUGAACACAGUUCUUGAUAAUCUAGCUACUAGGGACUUUAUUAACUGGUUGAUUCAGACCAAAAUCACUGACAGGAAAUGAGUAGGUCACAAUUCAAGAUCAUCUUUACAACAUCAGCUACCAGCCAUGUGAGAUGUUUGAAAUUUUAAGUUCUGUAAAUUUAAGAGAUAUAUUUUGAAGUCAUAUUGCUUUGCAUGCCAAUAAAUAUUUUCUUUUAGCUCUGUGUAUCCAAAAGAUAGUAAAUGGAAUAAACGAUUGUCAAAGUAUUGUCAUGAACAUCAGCUUCAAAAUAUCAAUGUGCUGGCUUCUUUUAUUUUCUUCUUAUUUUGAAUUAAAUACCCCAAUCUAUUUACAUUUAGUCAUGAAAUUAUUUUUCUAUAAUAUUAUUUGUAACUGUAAAUUAUCCUAAUCACAAUGUACCUGCUUUAUAAUAACAGAAGAGGAGAAUUAAUAGCCACAGUGGCAAAAAUGGAAAGAGAAUGUUGUUCUUGAAACCUUUUCAUAGAAACGCUCAGCUUUCAAUGUAUCAAAGAUUCAAUAAAAUUGUCAAGCUUC